AUGGCAGGCCAUACGUCAACAACAACAGCUAGUUCAUCGGGAGGAAUGGACAAACGGCUCAUGAAAGCAGCCACAUCUGGUGCUUCCACGUCAAUGUAUGCCAUGGCUGCACUGGAUCCAAGCAUUCUUCUUGGAACAACUCCGCAAGGAAACACCUGCCUUCACAUUUCCUGCAUUUAUGGCCAUGAGGGAUUCUGCAAGGACGUGCUUGAACUGGAAGAGUCUCUCAUCAAGGCUGUAAACUUGGACGGGGAGACACCACUUAUCACCGCAGUGAGAAAUGGCCACGUCUCUUUGGCUUCUUUUUUACUCGGUCGACACUGCUCUGUGCUAGGAUCGAGGCAGCCAAUCCUGCAACAGGACAAGUACGGAUUUAAUGCACUGCACCAUGCCAUUUGUAGCGGCCACAAGGAUCUUUCACUGGAAUUGGUAACAGCAGAGCCUGCGCUGUCGCAAGCUGUGGGCAAGCACAAUGAGUCGCCGAUGUACUUCGCGGUGACGAGAAAUUUUACACAGGUUUUUGAGAAACUAAUUCAAAAUCCUUUGUCAGCUUGCUCGGGAGGUGAACAUGGUCGCAAUUGUCUACAUGCUGCUGUUAUGAAUGGAGAUCAAGAAUUUGUCAAAAUAAUUAUGAAGAAACGUCCUGAAUCGGCGAGAGAAGUCGACAAAUACCAAAAUACUCCAAUAGUACUUGCUGUACGAUACACCAAUAUUGACAUUUUACAAGUAAUGCUGGAAUAUGAUUCAACUCUUGGGUAUUUAAUAGGCAACAGCGGUUUUCCUCUGCUUAAUGAUGCGGCAUACCGAGGUCUGGUUGCUCCUGCUGAAAAGCUCCUGGAACACUGCCCCGAUGCUCCUUAUCUUGAACCAGAUGGUUUGACAUUGCUUCAUACAGCUGUAUCGCUUGAUCAUCCGGAGUUCGUUGAGUUUGUCCUUAGGACGCCAAUACUUCGCAAGCUUGUUAACGUGCAAGACCACAACGGAAGCACUGCUCUACAUUUGGCAGUCCGAAGAUGCAAUCCUAGAGUGGUUACUGCUUUAUUGUCACACGUGGAUAUAGAUUUAACAUUGCUUGAUGACAUAUGUAAUACAGCAGCCUGGGAACUGUCGAAAAUCAGCCUGAAUGCCAAGACUUUAAACUGGAAUGAAGUGGCCAUGCUUAUGUCGAAAGCUAAGCCACAUGAUGCUCCUGUUCUUCAUAAUCUUCACAUUCGUGUCAAGCGACGGACGACUGAUGCAUCAAGGCAGGAUGCAAAAUCACUAACUCAAACAUACACAAGCAACACUUCGUUAGUGGCGAUUCUUAUUGCGACUAUCACCUUUGCUGCUGCCUUCACCCUGCCAGGAGGAUACAGCAAUGAUGCAGGAAGCGAGGGACUUCCCAUCAUGUCUAGGAAGUUUGCAUUUCAGGCAUUCUUGAUUUCUGACGUCUUAGCAAUGUGCUCCUCAUUUGCUGUGGCCUUCAUAUGCAUUAUAGCAAAGUGGGAGGAUUAUGAGUUCUUGGUUUAUUACAGAUCCUUCACUAAGAAGCUCAUGUGGUUUGCAUACGUGACAACAACUACCGCCUUUUCAACUGGUUUAUACACGGUGCUAGCUCCAGGUGUCCACUGGUUAGCGAUUGCAAUUUGUCUUAUGGUAGCUUUACUGCCCAUUCUCACAAAGCUGCUGGGUGAAUGGCCUAUCUUGAAGCUCAGACUUAAGCUCGGUAAAGAUUUCAACUCUGAUUUUCUUGAUAUGGUCUGA